AAGCGAAUUAAAUUCAAAACCAACACUAAAUAGAAGAGUGUAUUUUUAGAUCCACAACUUGACAAAAUAGUUAAAGACGAUAAAUGGUAGAAAACAAUGGACAACAGUUUACAUAUAGGGAAAUAAAUAUUUAAACUAAGCGAUUAGAACGUCAUUUAAUUCAUGUAAAUAAUACUUGAGGCCUUGUCUAAAAAACGCCAAAGAAAUUUCCACGCAAGCAGAAGCUUUCAAGAGCACCAAGUGUUGAACAUGGACCAUAUAAAAAAACAUAUCAAAGAAACACAUCCAAUUCUUAAAGCCAACGUCGUUUCUUUGAUCACAUUUUUUUAUACUGUAAAGUUGUUCAGAAAGGGUGCUAAACGGGAUUUGGAAGAAGAAGAUUUGUACGAGGUUUUACCCAAGUACAGAUCGGACAGAUUAGGAGACGAGUUUGAAAGAGAAUGGGAAAAACAGAAAACAAAACGGGACAGAAACUCAAUUUUGCGCCUGUUGUGGGCUUGCUAUGGAAAAGAAAUUUUCCUCUUGGGGGUGUCACAGUUGGCGGUUAAAACCCUGUUGAUAAUAGUUCAACCACAUGCUUUGAGCAAAAUAAUCAGUUAUUUCAAUCCGAACCAAACCGAAAUGACCAAAAACGAUCUGUAUUUCUACGCUGGACUUUUGGUCGUUUUCAACAUAUUGGACUGUCUUUACUCCCACAACUACCACCUCGCUGUCACCACACUAGGGGUCAAAAUUCGCACAGCUUUUUGCUCUUUCAUUUACCGGAAAGCCUUGAAACUGAGUCCUUCGAGACUUGGCGAUAUCUCAGUCGGAAAAAUCAUAAAUCUGAUUACUAAAGAUGUUCAUGCUUUAGAACGGUUUUCGUAUUUAGCCAACGACUUAUGGAUUGCAAUUCUCAAAACAAUCAUCGUUUCCUUCAUCAUUUACAGGAAACUUUAUUUGGCAACUUUUGCAGGAGUGGGGUUUUUCAUAAUUAUAUUGCCCAUUCAAAUUUACAUGGGGACGUGGGCCGCCAAGUUACGUAUGAAAAUGUGCAAGAAAGUAGACGAACGAUUACAAGCAACCCAAGAGACUUUAUCAGCAAUUAAGAUCAUUAAAAUGUACACUUGGGAGAAGUUUUUUACCAAGAAAGUCACCGACUCUAGAAUCAAAGAAAUCAAGAGCAUGCACCUCAUUUUUUACUUAAAGUUCUUUCUGCUUCAAAUCGGUGUAUUGAAUGGUAACAUUGCCUUCUAUCUUCUUAUUAUGACCUACAAAUGGUUGGGGAACCACAUAACUGCGGAAAUAGUCUACUUCAUUGACAGCUUGUUCCAUAUCUUGACACACACUUUAGGUAUACGUUUCCCAAGUGCUAUUUCACAAAUUGCAGAAACUACAGCCUCUAUCAAGAGAAUUGGAAACGUACUGAAAGCACUAGAGCUGCAAGAAGUUUCAGACGCAAAUCAUCUAAUCAUCAAACCUAAAAUCUCGCUGAAAAACGUGGACAUUGCCUUAAAAGACACUAAAAUUCUUCAUUCGGUCAAUUUAGAUAUCGAUUUAGGGGUCACUCUAAUAACAGGACCUGUCGGAAGUGGCAAAAGCUUUCUGCUGAAAACGAUACUAAGGGAAUACGAACCCACCAAUGGUAGCGUCCUGACCCAAGGACGCAUCUCUUACGCUUCUCAAGACCCUUGGCUUUUUCCUUCUUCGAUCAAACAGAAUAUUUUGUUUGGGGAAAAAUACGACGAAGCCAGAUACCAAGAAGUGUUAAAAGUUUGUGCUUUGAUUUACGAUUUUGAGCUAUUGGCAGACGGUGAUAACACCAUUGUUGAAGAUCGCGGUAAUAAUUUGAGCAAAGGACAGCAAGCUCGGGUCAAUUUAGCUCGUGCCGUUUACCGAGAGAGCGAAAUUUACCUCCUGGAUGACUGUUUGUCAGCUCUCGAUAGCCAAGUCAGCGACUAUAUUUUCAAAGAAUGUAUUUUAAAAUUUCUCCAAAACAAAUUAGUGGUGUUUGUUAGCCAUAACGUGAGUCACUUGAAAGAAGUUGAUAGUGUUAUAGUGAUGCGGCAUGGGUCUAUCCUGUCUCAUGCCAAGUCCACGGAAAUUUCCGAAAAGGAAAUUCUGGAAGAAAUCAGCGAAGAAGAUGAAAAGGAACUGUGUGAGGAGGAGGACGAGGACGUGAAUGAAGAAAGCAAACUAAUAACUGAGACGACAAGGGAACGGAAAGUGUACCAAGAAGUUAAAAAGAAAGGUGCAGUUGAAUUAGAAGUGUACAAGAAAUACCUGCAUUACGGAGGCGGUAUUUUCGCUUUCCUACUUGUUAUCGCAAUUUAUGGCGUUUCACAAUUUGUUCAAAGUUAUUCCGAUAAAUUAGUCAGCAAAUGGGUCAACACUGAGCAAAAAUUAGCCAAUUUCACUCUCUACAACAUUACAAACACCACAGAUCAGACUGAAGAAGAAACAAUUGAAAAACGCGACUACAUUUUAAAAAUGUUCACGGCAAUGAUAGUUCUAAGCACGGUUUUUAACUUGAGCCGAUCUUUUGGAUUCUACAGUGUGAUCAAAAGAGCUUCGCUAAAUUUGCACAAGCACAUGAUCAUGCAUAUGGUCAACGCCACAAUGUCCUUCUUUGACACCAAUUUCAUUGGCAACAUUUUAAACCGAUUUUCAAAAGACUUGACGGUCAUAGACGAACACCUGCCCUUUAUUUACCACCAAGUGUUUAGGACUUUUUUUGUCGUAACUGGAAUAAUGACACUUAUAGCAACAGUUAACACAUUUUUCCUUAUCCCGACCUUUUUCUUCUUUGGAUUAUUGAUGAUAAUUCGCGGAUAUUACCUUCGCACAGCUCGAAGUUUAAAAAGACUGGAUGCCACAACUAGAAGUCCAGUGGUGGGUCACCUGAAUGCAACCCUUGAAGGUCUAACAACAAUCAGAGCUUUCAAGGCUGAGGAAAUCCUAAGACAUGAAUAUGACCGCCACCAAGAUUUGUACACUUCUGCGUCCUAUAUCUCGUAUUCUUCCAUGAGAGCCUAUGCCUUUUUCUUGGACAUUUUGUGCGUCAUUUUCAUAGCGUCAAUAAUUUCAAGAUUUAUUUUUUUCGAUGAGGAGAUUUUGGCUGGUGACGUGGGCCUUGCCAUAUCCCAGGCUUUGAGAAUGACCGGGACCCUGCAAUGGGGAGUGCGAAUUUGGUCCGAAAUGGAAAACUCAAUGACUUCAGUUGAGCGAGUUCUGGAAUACACUGAAGUCAAGCAGGAGAAUAAACAAGGCCAGGUGCUGGAAAACUGGCCGAAAGAAGGCGAAGUCAAAUACGAAAACGUUUAUUUGUCUUAUAACAACACGGACGAGUAUGUUCUGAAAAACGUGAACUUCACGGCAAACCCGCAGGAGAAAAUCGGAAUCGUUGGUCGAACUGGCGCUGGAAAAUCCUCGAUAAUCUCAACAUUUUUCCGCUUGUACGAAGUCGAAGGAAAAAUUACAAUCGAUGGAGUUGAUACGAAAACACUAGCUUUGGAUUUCUUGAGGAAACAUAUUUCCAUUAUUCCGCAGGAUCCCGUUCUGUUUUCGGGAACAAUCCGCGAAAACAUCGAUCCAGAGGGAAUUUACUCUGAUGAGGAUAUUUGGAAUGCGAUCGAAACGGCGCAUUUGAAAAAACUAGUCUCAAGCUUGGAUUACGAAAUUACUGAAAGUAGUUCCAACUUUAGUGUUGGCCAAAGACAGUUGAUUUGUUUAGCGAGGGCACUUAUCAGGGAUAAUAAGAUUAUCGUACUGGACGAAGCCACGGCCAACAUGGACCCGGAAACUGAUGCUCUGAUACAUCAAACAAUACAUGAAAAUUUUGCCUCGUGUACUGUUUUUACAAUAGCACACAAGCUUCAUUCGAUACUGAAUUCUGACAAAAUUAUCGUCAUGGAUAGAGGGGAGAUUAUUGAGUAUGAUGACCCGCUCAGUUUGAUGCAAAAUACCGAAGGCGUCUUUUACAAACUGGUGAAGAAGUCGGGAUUAUUACCCUCAAAUUUGUCGUAAUUUGGCUCAACUUAUGUUCCUUGUCCCAUUUCGUUGUUAUUGUAAAAAUCACAUAAAACGCCAUAAAAAAGAUACUACUAUGUAUGUGCACUGUUUAUUAUAAAAAUGUUGAAUGAGUAUCAAUAAAUUGUUUUUUAAUCC